CUCCCCCUCCCCCUCUGUACGCAGGACUAGUCUGUGGCCAUUCCAUUUUCCUACCUCCCUGAGCUUGUGUUAAUCCCCACAUGGCGGUGAUCUUCUUCAUUUGCCGUCUAUCAUGGUUCUUCAGGAUUCCCCGCAUGCUGGCUACCGAGGAUAUGUUAGACAACCGUUGUGGGGACGGUGAUUUUCCUAGGUAGGAUAUCCCCGUAUGGAGGGGAGGCCAAGCGACCACGAAUUAACGCUCUGUUCAUAAGAAGUAUAACUACUACUACCUCUAUCGAGACAACUUUACCUAUCCGAGUCGUUUUGACAUUUCCCGCAAAAGCUGCAGAAAUCUCGAUCCAAAGGGUAAAUCAGGCAAUACAGCAAUAGUCACUAACGACCUUUUCCACACAGACUCACCAUGACAGAGACGCACGUCGAUAUGCCACCCCAGGUGGAGGCUCCUGUGCUUGUAGUCGGCGCCGGCCCCAUCGGAAUGGUGACGGCCUUCCAGCUCGCAAAACGGGGCAUUCGAACGGUUCUGGUGGAGCGCAACCUGGAGACGACGAAAUGGCCCAAGAUGGAUAUCACCAAUCCACGGUCAAUGGAGCUGCUCCAGCGUCUAGGGCUGGCAGAUGGGCUACGAGAGAUAGGUGUCCCUAUGCAGUUCUCGUUUGACUGCAUUUUCAGCACGGGGCUGUCUCCUGGGGGAAAGGUUCUGGCGAAAUGGGAUCUACCGUCUCCGGAUCAGCAAGCUGCGCAGAUACGGAACAACCACGACGGAACGAUGCCGCGCUAUGCCUGGCAGAGAUGUUCUCAAUCGAUCUUCGAAGCCUGGUUAAAGACUCUUAUCCAAGAGGAGCCGCUGAUUGAAUCGUACUUUGGGAUGAAAUUCGAAACGAUCACCGAGUCGACGGAAAAGGUUCUAUCAACUGUAACCAACGUGGCUACGGGGGCGAAACACGUUAUCGAGAGCCAAUACGUCGUCGGCUGUGAUGGCGCCAGUAGUCGCGUGCGAACCUCGGCCGGAAUCCAGCUUACCUCGUCCCCAAUCUCGGUACCGACACUUCUCGUUCACCUGAAGUCUAGAGACCUCGACGUGAUCCACCGCCAGGGUCAAUUCUGGCACCUUUUCCUGUCAAAAGGGGGGGUGGUGAUCAGUCAAGACGAGAAAGAUACCUGGACCCUCCACACUCCCCUGCCACCCGACACGGACAUGGCUGAUAUCGAUCUCGAGCAAGCCGUUUACGCUGCGCUUGGGGACUCUGGUCCGCCGCAGCCGAUCAAAAUCGACAAAAUCCUGGUGAGGAGCACAUGGAGGGCGAGCUUGGGUGUUGCGGAGACAUUCCGCUCACCGGGGAAACGCAUCUUUCUGGCGGGCGAUUCAGCUCAUCAGAACAUCCCCUUUGGUGGGUAUGGCAUGAAUACGGGAAUCGGAGAUGCAUAUGAUAUCGGAUGGAAGCUGGCGAUGGUUCUGAACGGCCAGGGCGGCGAACGGCUACUCGAAUCGUACGAAGCUGAGCGGCGACCGGUCGCCGUGCGUAACGUUUCCAUGUCCGGUCGACAUGCCAAAGUUCACAUGGAUUACACUGGGUGGGUUCGGCAGGCCAGCGAGGGGGAAGUGCGCCGGGACAGUGCGGAAGGACAGGCCCUUCGGGAACGCAUCCGCAGCCAUGUGUGUGCCAACGACGGGGAGAACCAGAGUUUGGGAAUCGAGAUGGGGUACCGACUCAGCUCGUCGAUCAUUCGGUUGGAAGAGGACCCCGGGAACGAGCCGGGGUGGAGUGAGCGGGACUACGUUGCGACUACAUGGCCUGGCUCUCGAGUGCCGAAUAUUAUACUCGGUGAUGGAGUGGCGAUUCACGACCGCCUAGGACCCGACUUUACGCUGGUCGAUUUUACGCGUGACGGUGCCUAUGGGAAGGAAUUCAACAGGGCCAUUCCCCCGUUCAAGAGAACGCUGACGGUGGUGCAUUUGCCCCAGGAAACCACGGCUCGGAAGCUGUGGGAGAGAUCUGCCGUUUUGGUUCGCCCUGAUAUGCAUGUGGCUUGGCGGAGUGGUGAGACGGAGGGAGCUUGGAGCCAGGAAGACGCUGAGACGGUCCUGAGGAGCUGCUUGGGUUACUAA